AUGACUCAUCUCUUGUGGAAAUCCUACUGGGAAGACGAUAUCGACAAGUUUCGACGCCUCCUCUCGCCCGCCGGCCACGGCGCUCAGAAUGCCGCGCGGAGUUCGAACAUAGGGGCUGCGGGGAGUCCUGGCCAUGGCCAUGGCACGCCACCGAGACCGACUCCAAAGUCGCGCAAGACUCAGGGGCAUGGGAAUGGAUCGCUUGGUCGGAACGAAGUCAACAGCCGUGACCAUGCCGGUCUGACGAUAUUGCUGCGCGCAGCCUCCUCGACCGCCGAAAACGCCGUUUCUUUUGUCGAAGCUCUGCUCGGGCACCCCGCCAUUGACAUUUACGCCCAGGACCCGGAGAGUGGCUGGAAUGCGCUCCACAGGGCUCUGUAUGCGGGCAACAUUUCCAUUGCGAGGAUGCUUCUUGAAAAGGAACGCGCCGACUUGACAGGGCACAUGGUUUCGGUGAACCGAGUGGGACAGCUUAUCAAGACGAAGGACCACGAAGGCAACAGUCCGUUUGACUUGUACAACUCGACGAUUGGAGAACGUAAUUUGAAGGAUUGGGAUAGUGCCCAAGUGGCUGACGAUGGGUCGGAUAGUGAUGACCCGGAGGAAACUGUUGAGAGCAUCACAGCCGCGAGUCACCGGAACGGCAUCGGAGAAGACCUGUAUGCCUUUGGAAGCAACAGAAACCUGUCCUUGGGCUUUGGGGACGAGGACGAUCGUCAGUUUCCCGAGAGAGUGUUUCUGAACCGCCCAGACCACCUCCUGCAACGAUUUUACAAUGAGUAUCUCGAAGAAAUCGGCGCCCAACGACCGGCGUCACAGGAUCUGUCCAAGAUUCCUGCUUUGGUCCUGAACCGGCCAUUGAUGAUGCAGGAUGUCGUGCUCUCCAAGCUCCACAGUGCAGUUCUAACAACAGAUCCGGUUUCUAACCUUUACAUCUGCGGUGUUGGACGUGGUGGCCGGCUGGGUCUCGGUGAUGAGAACACGCGCUUCACCUACGUUCCCGUGCAGGGCCCCUUUGUCGAUCGCAGGGUUGUCCAGGUGGCUCUGGGACAAAAUCACACCAUGGCUGUUGAUGACACGGGUGCUUUGUGGACCUGGGGCAGCAAUGCCCAGUCACAGCUAGGGUAUGCGCUUCCUGCUCCGGCGAGGAAGGACGAGGAGCCCAUCAGCACCAUACCUCGUCAAGUUUUUGGUGCCUUGAAAAAGGAGGUUGUUCUUGGCGUCGCUGCCUCAUCGGUACACUCGGUUGCUCACACGGGUGCAUCGCUUUACUGCUGGGGCAAGAAUCUUGGCCAGCUGGCCUUGAUGGAUGCUGACUCGAGAUCGCUUGAACACCAGCAAACCCCUAGAAAGGUGGCCGCGUCCCUUUUCUCGUCGCCGAUUGUCAUGGUCAGCGCCAUUGACAAGGCGACAACCAUCCUGCUGCAGAACCACACAGUAUGCAUCUUCACGGGCUAUGGUUAUCAUAUUGUCAAAUUCCCAUUCGCGAGCUUUGACUACAUCGGCAACCUCAGAUUGUCAAAUCGGCAUGAAGUAGGUUGGAAUCAGGUCAGCUACAUCACCUCGGGCGGAGAAACCAUUGCGGCGUUGACGAAACGGGGUGAUUUGUUCACCAUGAAUCUGGAUCACAAGAUGGAAACGAACCCACCGGCCACAUCGACGACGAACCCGUCCAAGCUCAAGGGCGCCGUGACGGCACCUCAACGGAUCUGGAAUGCCAGUAAGGACGGGGUCUGUUCGGUUGGUGUCGGGGAAAAUGGUUCGGUGAUUCUCAGCACCAAGUCUGGAGCUGUGUGGCGAAGGAUCAAGCGUGUAAAAGGCAAGGGCGCUUCUUCCGCCAACAACAUUUCGGAAUCGAAGAGGAAUUUCAAGUUCCAGCGCGUCCCCUAUAUCACCAAGGUUGCUACUGUUCGGGCCUCUGCGUAUGGGGCUUUUGCUGCUAUCCGGGAGGACUCGGAGGUGAUGAAGCAGCAGCUGGCGGUGGAUGAGCAGGCUCUGUGGGAUGAUGUGGCGCCGUUGAACUGUCUGGAGGGGUUUGAGGCUUCUGAGGAUGGGGAAUCCACGCAAGAAAGCCGGAAGUUUUGGGAGAACCCUGAUCUUGAGGCACGACUUGGGGAUAUCGCUUAUGAAAUCUUGAGGUCCCCGGAUCUGGAGAGAGACUUGGCUCAGCACCUGGCCACGUGGGGAUGCCGAAACGAACCAUUGGACACGGUCGUUUGCGUGUCGUCCGCCCCUGAGCUCAAGAUUCCUGUGCACAGCUGGUUACUCUCUGCGCGCAGCUCGGUACUCCGACGAGCGUUGUCAGAGUUUCGGGGGACGGGCAGCUACGCACAUGAGUUGUUCACCGUUCACAAGGACGACGACGACGGCAGCAAAACGGUCGUUUGCCUCCAGGGCUUGGACCUGCUCACGCUGUUGAACCUGGUGCUUUUUGCCUACCGGGACCGGGUGGUUCCGGUGUGGAACUAUACGCGGCAUGCUCCUGCGCUGGCGUACCGGUACCGCCAGGUGCGGUUGGAGGUCAUGAGACUGGCCGCGCGACUCGAAAUGCACAACCUUGAGGCUGCGGCGAGGCUGCAGGUGGAACCGGAGAGGUGCAUGGAUGAGGACUUUCGGGGUGCGCUCAAGGGGGACAGGAGGCGGUUUUUUGAGGAUGGGGAUGCGCUGCUCGAGCUUGAUGGGACGGAGGUGGCUGUUCACAGCAGGUUUUUGUGCAGGCGGUGUCCGUGGUUUGAGGGCUUGUUCUUUGGGCGGUCCGGGGGGGGGUGGCUUGCUGGUCGUAGGCAGCAGGAGGAGAGGAUCAUCAGGCUUGAUAUGAAGCACAUGGACUCUACGGCGUUUGGGUAUGUGUUACAGUAUCUUUACGCAGAUACGGGGGAUGAGCUGUUUGACUCGGCGGUUUGCGACACGUUUGAUGACUUUUUGGAUCUGGUCAUGGAGGUCAUGUCGACUGCGAACUAUUUGAUGCUGGACCGACUGGCGCAGAUAUGCCAGAAGGUCAUGGGACGGUUUGCGAAUAUUAGGAAUAUUGCGCAUUUUCUCAAUGCGAUUGGGCCGUGUUCGGUUACCGAGUUCAAGGACGCGGGGUUGGAGUAUAUUUGUCUUCAGCUGGAGACGAUGCUGGAGAAUCACUUGCUUGACGAGCUGGAUGAGGACUUGUUGCUGGAGCUGGAUGCUGUGGUGAGGGAUAACCAGCUGGCGCAUUAUCCUUAUCUGGCGAGUUAUCGGGCGCAGCUGAGCAGUCAGUUGGAUGAUGCGGGGUUGGCGGAGGAUGUACUUGAGGAGAGGCAGGUUAGGGUUAGGGAGAUGGGGUUCAAGGUGCAGAAGGAGGAGGAGAGGAAGAUGGGUGUUGUGAGUGGGAGGACCAAGUUUGGGAGUCUGGAGGAGGGGAGUUUGUUCACGCCUACGCCUGAUAGGGUCAGGAAGGGGAGGAAUGAGCCUUUUAGUCCGGAUUUGAAGGCGAAGGGGGAGCAGGGGGAUAUGAUGUUUGACAUGGAGGGGGAGGAGGAGGAUGAUUCCUCGCCUAUCAACAGUCCCUCCCUGCGACCCCGAAAGACUGGUGAAGUACCCGCGGAGGACAAGAUCGCACCGCUGGGGAGCUCGGUGAAGGGGAAGGGGAAGAAAGUCUGGAUGAGUCUAGAGCAGUCGUCGCCUCCGGUCAGCCCGUAUUCCGCGCCUAGUCCUGCAAAACCUACACUUGCUGCUACCCGUCCCGUGGAUGUAGGUGGUACUACUCCAGUCAAGACGGGGACUCCGUGGGGUGGUGCGGCUGCUGUGUUGACGGAGAAGCUUGACCUGAGGGGCAUCAUCCAGUCGGAGAGCCCCAAGUCGGCGCUGUCGGCGGGGUUGGCGGCGCAGAAGGUGAAGGAGGGGGGUGCCCCACGGCCUCCUUUCAGUGAUUUACUGGGGCGGGUGGUG